AUGGCCACUCCAACCCCAAAAACAAUCCUCAUCCUCGGCGGCUCCUACGCCGGAACCGGGGUCGCACACAGCACACUGAAACACAUCAUCCCCAAACUGCCCUCGCCGGACACGUACCAGGUGGUCCUCGUCUCGUCCUCGCGCGAAAUCAUCGUGCGGCCUGCGUUUCCGCGCGCCCUGAUCUCGGAUAGUUUCUUCGAUCAGGGGAAGCUGUGGACGGAUCUCGAGGCCGGGUUUAAGCAGUAUGGUGACCGGUUCAAGUUCGUGCAUGGCAGUGCGACGGGGUUUGACCCCGAGGCGCGGACUGUGACUGUUUCGCCCAGGGAUGGUGGCGAGGAGGUGAAGAUCGAGUACCACGCGCUGGUCAUCGCGACAGGCUCCUCAACGCCGAGUCCACUAUUGAGUCUGAACUCCGGCGGCCGAGACGAGGUAAAGGAACACUGGGCCGCAUUCCGGACCGCGCUCCCAGCCGCUAAAUCCAUCAUCAUCGCCGGCGGCGGCCCCGUCGCAAUCGAAACCGCCGGCGAACUAGGCGAACAUUUGAACGGUCGCGCCGGGUUCUUCGCCUCGAAGCUCGCAGAUCCAAAGGUCAAGAUCACAGUCAUCAGCAAGGAUAGCGAGAUCCUCCCCGUUUUGCGCCCCGCGCUCGCGCAGACGGCCGAGGGGUAUCUGGCCAAGGUUGGGGUUGAGGUUGUCAAGGGGGUGGGUGUCGAGUCUGUUUCGCCUGCUGAGGCGGGGAGGGGAGGGGAGGUUACGGCGAAGACGGAGGUGAAAUUGAGUGAUGGGAAGACGUUGCAGGCUGAUUUGUAUAUUCCGGCGUACGGGACGAUUCCGAAUACGGGGUUUGUGCCCGAGGCGUUGCGCGCGGAGGAUGGGAGGGUGGAGACGAACCCCAAGACGCUGCGGGUUGACAAGGCGGGAGAGCGCGUGUAUGCAGUUGGUGACGCGUCGAACUAUGCUCGUCCGUCGGUGGUCAUCAUGGUGGACGCGAUCCCCGUGCUCGCGGCCAAUCUCAAGCGUGACCUCCUUAUCGCCGCCGGCCAGACUCCUCCUGGAGACGACCGAUUGCUGACCGCAGACGAGGGCGAGACGCACCUCGUACCGAUCGGGCGGAGCAAAGGUGUCGGCGCGAUCAAAGGGACCAAGCUGCCGAGCUUCUUUGUCUGGUUGUUCAAAGGCCGCGACUACUUUGUGGGCAUGACCGGAGGCAUGUGGAGUGGCCAGAACUGGGCCAAGGAGAGCUGA